AUGGGAGGUUGCAUGUCAACAAUACCCCCAAAUGUAGCACGAAACCUAAGAAAAAAAGGUGGGAAGAAUGGCAUGAACCGAUCCUUAUCCCUACCUGCUGAUGAGGAGCAUAGCAGCACGGUGGGGAGGAAAUCGAGGUCGUCAACCUACCAUUCGCGUUCAAUCACCGUGUUGGUGGAUCCAACCGUGAGGGACAAUAUAAAGCAAAAGUACAAGUUUGGAAAGGAGUUGGGAAGGGGGGAAUUUGGUGUUACGUACCAAUGCAUGGAGCUUGAAACUGGGGAGAAUUAUGCAUGCAAGACGAUAUCAAAGAGCAAACUUAGGACAGAUAUCGACAUUGAUGAUGUUAGAAGGGAGGUUGAGAUCAUGAGACAUUUGCCUAAACACUCUAAUAUUGUUACAUUUAAAGAAGCUUAUGAAGAUAAGGAUGCAGUUUAUUUGGUCAUGGAGUUAUGUGAAGGUGGUGAACUUUUUGAUAGGAUUGUUUCUAGGGGACAUUAUUCUGAGAGAGCUGCUGCUCAAGUUGUUAAGACAAUUUUGCAAGUUGUUAAGGUAUGUCAUGAACAUGGAGUCAUACAUCGCGAUCUCAAGCCUGAAAACUUCUUGUUUUCAAACAAAAAUGAGAGUGCUUCCCUUAAAGCUAUUGAUUUUGGGCUCUCUAUAUUUUUCGAGCCAGGUCAGCGGUUUAGCGAAAUAGUGGGAAGUCCAUAUUACAUGGCCCCUGAAGUACUAAGAAGAGAUUAUGGACCUGAGAUUGAUGUUUGGAGUGCCGGUGUUAUCCUUUACAUCUUACUUUGUGGAGUCCCUCCUUUUUGGGCAGAGACUGAAGAAGGAAUAGCACAAGCAAUAGUAAAAGGAGUAAUAGAUUUCGAACGAGAUCCAUGGCCAAGAGUAUCUCCUCAAGCAAAGGAUCUUGUAAAACAUAUGCUUCAUCAAAAUCCUUACAACCGUUUAUCUGUUGAGGAAGUUCUAGAGCACCCUUGGAUGAAAAACGCCAACAACAAUGCCGAUAUUCCAUUAGGCCAAAAUGUGAGGACGAGAAUCAAGCAAUUCUCUUUGAUGAACAAAUUCAAGAAGAAAGUCCUUAGAGUUGUAGCAGACACUUUACCAGAUGAACAGAUAGAUAAGCUAAGAAGAACUUUCCAUAUGAUGGACACUGAUAAGAAUGGAAGCUUGUGCUUUGAAGAGCUCAAACAAGGCCUUCUUAAGCUUGGGCAUGCCCUUCCUGAUUCAGAUGUUCAAAUGAUCCUAGAUGCUGCGGACUUGGAUGGGAAUGGAACCUUAGACUGUGGAGAAUUCCUUGCACUUUCAAUCCACCUUCAAAAAAUGGGUGAUGAUGAACAUCUUCGACGUGCUUUCAAGUUCUUUGACAAAGACCAAAGUGGGUACAUUGAGUUUGAGGAGUUAAAGGAGGAGUUGUUUUUAGACGAUGUUCUUGAUGGCACCAAAAGUGAACAAGUCAUACGUGAUAUUCUUUUUGAUGCAGACUUAGAUAAGGAUGGUCGGAUAGAUUUCAACGAGUUCAAGGCAAUGAUGCACACUGGGAUGGACUGGAAGAUGUCUUCUCGUCAGUAUUCAAAGGCCAUGCUUAACAAGUUGAGCUUCAAGUUAUUUAACCAUUCUGGGCAAUUAAAAUGACGCUUCUUAGUUCUUUUCUUCUUUUGAGGAUUUGUAUCUUAUAUUUUGGGCUGCUCUUCUACCAAACAAGUUCAUAAAAAAGAGGAAAUAAAAUUAUUUAGUCGUAGGAAAUUAGAGAUGAUAAUAAUCAUACAUAUACAUGAAUUCAGCAAAUAUUCAUCUAAUCAACGUACCGUACCGCCACCAAAAGGAAACAAAACAAAACAAAAAAAAGGACAA